AUGAAUAAAGACAUUGAUCCGGAAUUCGUCGCCGCUAACAUCGUUAACAAAGUGUUCGGCUGUCACAAUAGCGGUCGCCUUAUGAUCGAUUCACGGCCAGCGAUGGAUAAGAUUCUUGAAUUGAAUGCUGUAGCUGUAAAGGAUGUUAUUUUGGAUUCGGAAACUGACUCUGAUACUGAGGAUGAAAUCGUAGCUGAUGAUUUGAAUAAACAUGACCUCAGUGAAGGAAGUCUAUACAGUGACGACGAUGUUGCUGAUUUUGCCGACGAGUCCGGAGACUUCACAAAAAAGUACAAUGCAUUCCGUCGACAUAUACCCGGGCCCAAUAGUCAACAGAGAGAUGGAGUCCAAGGUUCCGUUGAAACAACUGUUGAUUCCGGUGCUGAUAAGAAAAGAAAACGAAUAAAGGAUAGAGCUGAUCGCGCUACUGUUGAACAGGUUCUUGAUCCUAGAACGCGAUUGGUGUUAUUCCGCCUCUUGCAACGUGGAACAUUGACGAAUAUCCAUGGAUGCAUAUCUACCGGGAAGGAAGCCAAUGUCUACCAUGCUACUGAUGAGGAUCGCUCUCUAGCAGUCAAAAUCUACAAAACAAGCAUACUCACAUUCAAAGAUAGGGAAAGAUAUGUUGCUGGUGAAUACAGAUAUCGUACCGGUUACUGCAAACAUAAUCCGCGCAAAAUGGUGGCUGUGUGGGCAGAAAAAGAAAUGCGAAAUUUGCUUCGAAUGCAUCAAGCGGGCCUUCCCGUGCCGAAACCGAUACUGUUGAAGGGCCACGUUUUAGUGAUGGAAUUUAUUGGACGUGAUGGUUGGCCAGCUCCUUUGCUGAAAAAUGCCACCCUUACGACUGAGGCCGCUGAGAAGAUGUACCUGCAACUUGUUCGCGAUAUGCGGAUUUUGUAUCGAGUCUGUAAAUUGGUGCAUGCCGACUUAUCAGAGUACAACACGCUGGUACUGGACGACAGGCUAUACAUCAUUGAUGUGUCUCAAUCCGUUGAACACGAUCAUCCACAUUCACUUGACUUUUUAAGAUCCGACUGCAGUAACGUCAGCAAGUUUUUCAGGAGUCUGGGCGUUCCUGUUUUACCGACUCGCAAAUUGUUCGAACUCAUUGUUGAUCCACUAAUUGCUGACAGCGACGUAGAAAGCUGGUUCGAAAUGCGUACACUUGAUCCGUCUGAUGAUGCCGUUUUUAUGAGUGCAUUCAUUCCCCAUAAGCUCGAUCACGUCUUGCAUUUUGAAAGAGAUAGCAAGCUUUUGAAAGCCGGUGAAGAAGCUAACAAUCCUUACCAAAAUAUAAUUUCCAAGGUUGAUGUGCUGGGUCAAGGUUUCGAUGAAGAAGCGAGUUCGUCUGACCAUGAAUCUGCAAAAAGUAAGGAAUCGGAAGGCGAGGAGGAAUUAGGCAAUAAACCAUUAGGAGUGGUGACUGAAGGGAAAUAUUACAGGGAUCGUGCGGAAACCACUGAGCAAAGGAAGGCGCGGAAACAGGCGAUAAAAGAGGAACGAAGGGAAUUACGAAAGGAGAAGAUUCCGAAGCAUGUGAAAAAGCGUGCACAUCGGCAGCACAUGAAAUAAUCCGUGUAACAAGAUAUGCACGUGGUGAAGCAUGUCUUGCCGUUUGCUCCCAAGGGCCCCUGGCGAGCGCCUCCGCCACCGCCGACCCCAGCUGUGUACGGAGGCGCUCAACCACUGCUGCAGCACAGCCCCUUGCAUCGGCUACUUUUUUGUAGACAGUUUUCUCAAUAGUCAUCGACAUUGCUCGGCGAUCUGUUACACUGUCCAAAACCACCUCUCAAAAAUCCUUUUCCCGAAUCG